AAAUCAGUAGAUUUCAUUAUUUCAAUGGCAUAAUAAGCAUCGAUAGCGUGCUGUUUAGAUUAAAUGUCUACAAUAUACCUAUUUGACUUUCAAGUAGACUUGAUUCAAAAUAUUAACUAUGAUUCUUAAUGUCAUCGAUAACUUUCUUUCAACAUCGGAAAAUCGUGUAAUAUAUGAGACCUUAUGGAAUCUUGCGAUUACAAAAAACUUUAAAUCUGUAAAUGAUGAAAUAUCAAUCAUUACAGUAUGCAAUCUUCUUAUGAAUGAAAUGGUUGAUAAUGAUCUGGAUCGAAACAAAUUCUAUUUUUCUACACAACUAACUUAUGGUGUUGUAAAGUUGUAUCGAUUUCAGAUCGAUAAACUUUUAGCACAAGUUAAAAUCGCAUUACAUAGAAGUGUCAAAACUGUUUAUGAGAUUAACUGGUUGAGCAAUUUAACACAAAAUUCCACAUCUAAAAACGAAAAUCAAACGAAAAAUGCAUCUAAUCGAAAGCAGAAAACUAAAGAUAAAGUUUCUCAUACUAACAAAAAUUUGAGUAUUGAUUUGAUUGAGCAGGCGUUUACAAUUCAAGAAGAUCCAGAGAUUGAUCAAAAUAUUGAGAAGAAUGGACGACGCGAUUCUUCUAUGCCACCGCCAGAUAAUUGUGACCCUACAAUGGCAACAAAUAUGGAUGCGAUUACUCUAACAGAAAAUCAAAGAUUCUCUUCUGUUAAUAUAAAUCUUAAUGAAAGUUAUGAUGAAUUUGAAACCACCAGAGGGAAAAGUUUUCCACAAAGUUUCACCGACGACAUGGUUCGCCAAGAUCAGUCAACUUUAGAAGAGAUUAGAAAUAACAGUGACCAAUUUGUGAAUAUUCCACAGCAAAAUUCAUUGAUAAAUGAUAUUGAAGAGAUUUUAAGCAGUCAUCAAGUAUCGUCUGCAAGAUUUAGAGAUUCUCACAAGCGUCGUUUAGUUUUCACACCAGAAGAUUCUUCACAACUUAGAAAAUCUCCUAAAAUGUUUAAAGGGUCGGAAGUUUCCUUAGAAGAAAUGCCGAUGGUAGUAAAUGACAAUUCACGAUUUGAAUCUUCAAAUCAGACUGAAAAUGUCAAAGAAGUAAAUAUUUCUUUAGGAGAAAAGUCGGUCACUUUUAUUGACAUUCCACCAUUUGAAGCUUCAAAUGAGAAUGGUUAUGUCAAUCAAAUUAACGAGCUAUGUGAUCUUCCAUCCAAUGAUAUCAUACAACAUAAGGAAACCGAAGAAACGAAUAACUCUGAAGAAUUCUUACCAUUAUCUGAAUUCCAAACUCCAAUUGAUCGUGACAAAAGAAGUCAUAAGAAACGUCUCAUCAUUGAUAAGAACAUUAGCAUCAAUGAAUAUAACAAGAAAUGUUCUGAAUAUUACACGAACAAAUUAACUUUUGAAUCACCUUUGGAUUCUUUUGCAAUGAGAUAUUUUUAUAUCAAAAGUUCGGUAGAAAAUUUUCUUUCUUCUCCUUCAUCACGAUUGAAGCAUGGAGCAAGAAAUCUUUUACCCCUCUUUGAACGAAACUUGAAAAGAAUUUCAUUGAAAAGAUCACUUAAUGCGCCAUCACCAUCAGAUGUUUUGAUAGCGGCAAAGAAACAAAAACUGAGCGAAAAUAUCGCUGAAAAUCAUAAAAACAUUAAUAACUUUAAUGAAUUGGAAUCAAAUGUCGAUGUAGUUGAAGAAGUGCCUUCGAAAAGAAGACGAACAGAAAAUAUUCAAGGAGAAGAAAACAAUUUACAAAUUGAAUUUAAUAAUCAAAUUCCUGACAUUCAACCAGAAGUAGAGCAACAAAAAGACUUUUAUGAAUAUAAUGCAAAAACGAAAUGGUCGAAGCAAGACAUUAUGAAGACUCUUAAGACGUUCUGGGAACAAGACGAACAUUCUAUCACAAUGUCAAAGCUCUGUGCUAAAACAAAUCGCUUUACUGCUGCUGGAAUAUUUUUCGAAUUAAUGGUUCUGUCGAAAAAAGGUGCUGUUGAACUUUUGCAAACUAACGAUGGCCUUGAAAUCACAAACAUUUUGCCAGGAGCUAAUGCUCAACUUCAUAUUUAAUAAUUAUAAAUCUUAUUAUGUAAAUGUUUUAUCUUUUUUGGUUGAAAUAAUCAAAAACUGAAAGAAACUUUAAUAAAAAAUGCUCAAAUUUAUUAAAAAAUUCACC